UUUUGCUCUAUUUGACCAUAAACAUCACGUCUAUUUUUUUUGCUCUAUGCUCUAUUUGAUUAAAAGUUCAAAAUAAAAGCUAAACUGAGUAUUAUAAGCAAGUCUGUAUUAUUGAUAACAAAAAUAUGGCAGAAAUAUUUACCUUAAGUGAAGAUGACAUAACUCAAAUUAGCAAGGCAUUAUCACUAAUUUGGAGAAGAACUAAAUAUCGGUUACGUAAUGUUACUAUAACAGAUAAUAUUGCAAAUAUUUCUUAUGGUAAACGUAUUGACAGGAUAACAGUUAACCUUGAAGAUUCCAAUUAUAUUAUAACCGAUCAGGAUUCUGAAAAAAAUUGCGAUGUUGAGCAUGUAAAGAAAAUAGAUCAAUUGCAAGAAAAGUUGCUAAUUGCCGAAAAAACUUAUGAAAAAUUAAAAAUAAAAAAUAAGCAACUUAAUGAUGAGUUAAAUUCAUUGCAAAUUUAUAAUCAUAAUCUUGAGAAAAAAAUCAAUAAGUUCAGAAGAAAAUCCGACCAAAUUAAUAUGUCAAAAAGCUCUUCAACAAUAGUUUCUAGUUCAGAUAGUGAAGAUGAGGAUAAUACUUCACUACAAAGAAAUAAUGACCAUAUUAAUAUACUUGUAAAUGAUUUACAUCAAAUGGGAUUUACGAUAGAAAGCAAUCCAGAUGAUGUUUGGGAGUCACUAAAUAAACGUUGUCAUGAAAAAUUUGGUUUUGAAGAACUUAUUAAAGAAUCAACUGAUAUAGAAGAAUUACGAUGGGCAGAAAAAACAUUACCUUCUUAUACAAUUUGGGAUAAAUUUAAUCAAUAUUAUUUACUUGUUGAACUUUGGAUUAAUAAAGUUAAUAUAACUCUUAUGAAAAAAAAGGAAGAAGGUCGUAAUAUGGUAGUUGAAAAUUUUGAGAAAAAAGUUAUUGCUAGCAAAGAAUCACAAGAAAGUGAAAAGAAAAAAAAAUAUUCUAAUUUUGGAAAAAGUCUAAAUAGUUUGGUAGUAAAAACCAUUGAGAACAAGACUUUAGUAGAAAUUAAAGACUACCAAAUUCGCACAAAUUUUAACCAGGCUUUAAAAGUUAUGACUUCAGAACCAAUUCAAAUUACAGAUGAAGAGUCUGCUAAGGAAAGAAUUACGCAAUGGGUCGAUCAAAAAAAUCAUUCUAAACAAGUUGAGCUUGCUACUAAAGCUUAUAAGCUUUAUCAUCGAAUGUCACUUGUUUAUAUUUACAAUGAUUUACAUAUCAUUUCAGUGGAAAAACAUCCAAAUGAUGAGAGAGAACAAAGAAGAUUUGAACGAAACUUUAUGUGCACCCAAUUAGGUAUUCAUACUAGAACUGAACGGCGACAAAAGAAAAGUGCUUUUAGAAUAUAUAAAUUAAUUAAUAUUGGGAUUACGCUUGAUCAGUUAGUAAAUACUGGUCUUAACAUUUCAAAUUUUGAAGUUACAGAUUAUUAUUACGAUAUAUUUUUGACUGAUUUAAAACUAGGAACGAUCAAAAUUUUAUUUCAAAAUCCUAAUAUGCAAGAUAAUAUGGAUCUAGAUACGGAAGAUAGUGAAAGUAACGAAAGCAAUGUUGCAAAUUAAAGUAGUUAGACAUUAUUAUUUACUUUUUUACAUGUACUUUCUCUUUUUGUUUUAUUCUAUCUUGUUAUUAAAUAAAAUCAAUAAAAUUUGG